AUGAGAGUAGACUUGACACAAACCCCAACAAAAUCAACGACCUACUGCACAUCUGCGAGCGACAUGGGCGAUGAACUGGAUAGAAAGAUCGACGCCAGGGACUCAGUCGCACUCAAAGAAAGGUCCACUCGAGUGCUGAAACCAGGAAAGCUCGAUGUUUUGUGUGGACGAGGUGCUCCUAUCCAGAGCCAUGAAGGGAACGUAAGAAUGAGAGAGAUUGUUUCCAAGUAUGCUCAACGCUACAUGGAGGCUCGAAAGUAUCGCAAGCAGCUCAUUGCAGAGGAAGCACUGAUGGUUCUAAAGAACACUGACGAUAAGAGUCCAGUCAGGUUCCUUCGAAAAGUCGACAGACAAGAUUAUUGGGAGGAGGUCGACGACAAGGCUGCAAGCGAAAAAGUUCAGCAUACACUUCGAAGCUUUGUGCGGAAGAUGGAAGGAGGGAGUGGUGCGUCGAUCGCUUCGGAGGGCAGUGGCUCUUUGAAUGACGGGGUUGAAAAGCGCAGGGCUAGUCUUGACAGCUUGUCACAAAGUCAUUCUCUUCCAGCUCGACGAACAAGUCCAUUGGAUGCGUAUGCUACCCACGGAAGCAGUCCACUGAUUCACAAAUCGUCGCUACUAGCCAGUGGCUUGACUCGAGCAAUGGCUCCACGAUACUAUGGUGUCCCCCCUGCAGCAACAAGUCAAAGCGCCGCUGAAGCAGAGCUACAACACCGCCUUGCUCUGAGGCAAAUGUCGACUGGGGACUUGAUACGAGUGGUAGCAGCAGAACGAGCCGAGCGACAAGCAUUAGCCUUGGAGAAUCGUGCUCUAGGGGCAUACGUAGCGCCUGCCGCUCGAUUCGGACAACUAGACUAUCAGCAGAUGCCUGCACCAGCGGCGAAUCUUGCGGUACAAGUCGCUGGAGUAACGGAAACUGCUUCAGCAGAAGGGGAAAGAAAAUCACGGGGUCAUCGUAGCCAACAAGACGAGGAGAAUCCAAAGAGUAGUAAGCAAUGA